CAUCUGGUUUCAUAUGCCGACUUGGAAGCCAAGAAACGAACAUGAAAGAACAUGUAAUCAAAUCAAGGAAAUGAAUUCAGUCCACCAAAACUAUCCAUCACCAUGUCAAUGUUGAUGAAAAGAAUUGCAUUCUUCACCAAAUCCACACCUAAACCCUCCCCUUCUUUUCCUUUUAAAUAUUUAGAAUCUCCCCUUCGUUCAUGUCCAGCACAAACUGGUGCCGCCGAUUUUUCUGGAGAAGGCGAUAUGGUGUACUCAGACCCACCGGAAUCAGCCACUGUCAACUCCCUUUUGCCCAACCUCCUUCAACCACGUGUCGUCAUCUACGAUGGGGUCUGCCAUCUUUGCCACCGAGGGGUUAAAUGGGUGAUUAAAGCUGACAAACACAGGAAGAUCAAGUUUUGCUGUUUGCAGUCGAAGGCUGCUGAACAAUACUUGAGAGUUUGCGGCGUUGAUCGAGAGGAUGUUCUUCAUCGUUUCGUUUUCAUUGAAGGCCUUGGCGUUUAUCAUCAAGGCUCCACUGCUGCACUGAGAGUGCUAUCAUACUUGCCACUUCCCUACUCUGCUUUAAGUGCAUUCUUGAUAAUUCCAACUCCAUUGAGGGAUAUAGUUUAUGAUUUUGUUGCCAAGCGGCGUUACCACUGGUUCGGCAAGAGUGAAGACUGCUUAGUUUUGCAAGAGAGUGAACUAUUGGAGCGUUUCAUCGAUAGGGAAGAACUUAUGUUUCGUAAUCAGUCAAAAUUGUAAGCUGGAUUCCCUUGAAUAUAAAAUCAGACAAGUUUACUUUAUGGUAGAUGCCAUUGUUUACCUAUUUCUCAGUUGGAUGUAAAAUGUAUACCAGAAAAAGUUCUCAACUUGGUUGUAAUAGAUCGUGAAACUUUAUUUCUUAUU